CGCUUCGUUGUUGACACGGUCGGACGGCCGUUGUCCAAGUUUGGAAGUACGAAGGAGCUCGCCGUGGUGCUCCGGGACGCCAUCAGAGGUCACCAGCUGGUCAUGGAGCGCAGCGGCAUCCUUCAUCAGGAUGUCAGCAGUAGUAACAUCUUAAUUGUCCAGGAGCCACACGAGCACCCUCACUCGCAGGGAUUUCUGCACGACUUCGAUGAAAGC